AUGGACUCGCCCCGCACGAGCCCCUCGAGCCAAAAGGCACCACAGCCCACUGGCACUUCGAGGACGAAACUGCCUGCGCUCUCGACAACGUCGUUGACUCCUCCAGAGCCCGUGCAGACGUCGAAUGCGUCGUACGCUGCCCCUCAGCCGACGCCGGAUGCACUCGCGAUGAAAAUGGCGUCAGCAAUGCCGCCUUUUGCAGUGGCCUCCCAGUUACCGCCAGGACAUAUGCAUCUGAUCCAGUCGCGUCUUCCGGGAGGCAGCAAUAUGCCGAGUGGUCCCUACGGCAUAUACCCGAGUGGAACGCAUACCGGUGUCAAUGGCGACCCGAACCACCCGUUCGUGACGGUCAUGGCCAUGGCUCCACCUGGAGCCUCGGGCGACGCCGAGGUCGACAACAUGCGCUUUGCAUACCUGAAGCAGUGCCGGUGGAUGGCAAGCUGCUUGAUGGCGUACUACGUGACCACGUUUGUGUUCCUGCAGCCAUUUCUGCUUGGCACAUUGGGUCUCUUCACGGCGUUUAUCGGCUACAACGGCUCGCGGGCGCCUGUUGACAUGCAUCGGUACAAGUGGCUGUGCUGGUACGUCCGGGCCAACUACGGCAUGUUGGUGCUCAAUAUGUGGAUGCUCGUGGUGACCCUCAUCGUGUCGGGGGCCAUCUUCGUCCCUGACGCCAACGUCGACGGCAUUCAUGGCAGUCUCAGUAGCGACGACGGCCAUGUGCCAGAGUCGACGUUCCUCUCUGCAAAAAGCGCGAGCCUCGUCAUGGGACUGCUCGUGACGCUCAACACGGUGUUCCACCUGCGCUGUUUGCGCGUCGCGAAGCUUCUGGUUGCAGAGCUCCUGAGCGCAGGGGUCGACCGUGAGCCAGCGCCUAGUCUAGUAGUUGCCCCGGCGCAGUCCGUCUCGGUCGUGUAA